UCACAUUACACAAAUGACGAAUGGGUUUAUCGUAAACUAGAUUAACCUGUAGUCUAUGACAUCACAUUACACAAAUGAGAUACACAAGAUAUGUAUUCGAUCGAUACUUAAGUACUUGUAAAAGGUUAUGUCAUUGUUUUGGGAAAAUGGGGAGCAUUUAAACCAAUACACAUGUUUUUGAAACCGACAUCAAAUUGUCGGAAGUGAGACCUUUUUAGUGACACCUUACGGUUCUCCGGUCGAGCACAUCAGCUAUAUAUAAAUAGCUCAGCUACACAUAUCACAGUUUGCUACAACAACUCAGGGAUGUAAUCUGUUGCAUAUUAUCUGGUGGGAUAUCGGCUGUAUAUACGUUAGAGAUCGUGUACACGUAGAUCUAUAUGAAGCGAUGGAGGAUAUUGGGCCAGAAUGGCAGUGGUUUUUAAGUGUCUACAUCUGUGUGCUGGUUAUGUAUGGAUUGUUUUCAUUUGCGAUCCUCUUCAACAUGCUGUUUAUGUGGAAAAUUAGAAACAGAAUUCAAACUGUAUCAGAGGAAACGCCAGACCAAAUCACGAUAGAGAAGCAAACAGCUUCCAACAAACACAUAGUUUCCAUUGUUAUCACGGAAGUGUCUGAUGCCUCGAUUUCGUCAUCUCCAUCCAAUUUUUCGCCGAUGUCAACUAUUUCAUCCGUCUCACAACUUGACGCGAGGUCCCUGGAUAAUGUGUCUGCUGUAGAACCGCUGAUUGUGAACAAAACAACUACAACAGAUAGUCUCCAACCAUUUGAUUAUUCUUCUUCGGAAAUUGACUGCCUAAAAACGCUGUGAAGAGGAAAUUAAUAGUAUACAGAGGGUGUGUGGAAUCGUCUCCCCUUUUUUAUUGAAUAAAUGUCCAAAACACUCAACACAAAAACGAAAUUUAAUAACACCAUUAAGGAAAUAUAUAUAUCAUAGAAAAUGAAAUAUAAGGCAGCAUGAACUGCACAGUAAAAUGUAUUUCCAAUGCAUUUAAUUUUGCUGCAUUCGAUAUUUAUAAAAACAAAACUAUUAGAUCUAUACAGUCGCUAAUUUAGAUAAAGUUGAAGUAUUGUUUAAAUAUAGUUUUUAUUUCACUGUUCUUACAUUUUGUAAAUCCUCUAAAAUUUGAACCGUCAAAAAACUAUCUCUCAUAGUAUGCAGAAAAUGUGUAGACAUAUACAUAUAUGUAUAUGAAGGUAUAUUGUAAAAUAUAUCAACAGUAUUUUUCUGUAAAACAUGUACAUAUACAAUGUAGAAAUUUAUUUUUUGAAAAUAUAACACUUUCCUUGAGUUCGGUGAAUGGGAGGGUUCUUGUUUCUGGAAUGAAUGAUUUUGAAUUUUGUUUAACAGAUUUUAUAAAAUGUUUCGAAGUACCAAGUCUAGUUGAAAUGGAGGUAUGGGAACGAUGAAGAAAGUGUGUAUGAGGUAACUUAUGUAUAUUUAAAGAGCGAUAGGAGAAAUGGAGCUGUAUAAUGGUUGUUUUAAAGGCAGCGAAAAAAUGCAAAAAAGUGCCUGUUUUAGGUUGUAUUACGUGAAGCUGGUAUUUGGAAUAAUCCUCGAAUCAUGUACGUACAUGUGGAUUGUUGGCCUUAGUACCAUUUUACUCCGCUAGGACGCGCUAAUGUUACUGUUUUUGAAGCGAAGCCUGUAAACUAUGACAGGCAAACCAAUCUAGGCUACAAAUUGAAAAGUAUAACAGUGCGCAAUCUAGAGGAGAGAAAUGUUUCAAGACUGAGUUAUAUAAAGGUAGUAUCCUCGACUGUCAAUACACUCAAUAUAUAUAUAUUGACAAGCGAAAGCGAGCGAGGCUAAUACCUGUGAUGUUAUAUUAGUGCCGGUGCAAUUAAGAUGAUAUUAUGCAUUUGAUGUAUGGAACUACAGCAAUUUGAUUUAAGUAUGUUGAUGUAAAAAAGAUAUGACAAUCACAAUAGCAGUCUGUACGUAAACUCGUGGUCAGGGUCAUUAACUCUGUCAUAGUGAAGUUGUAGAUAAAAACUACUAAGGU